AUGGAAGGGCGGGGAUUGGAAGUUGAAUCUGAAUCCAGCUGUGAAUUGGUUCGCAUGAGCGGAUUCGUGCUAUAGACCGUUUUGCCGACAGGGAGAAUCAUUGGAGACUUCUGUAUUUUCGCAAUAAUGGACAAGACUUCGGCACAGAGACCUCACUUGCGCAUCCUGUAAUUUGCGAUGGAGCACAAUCUUAAGGUUUUCCUUUAGAUAUGCAGACAGAAAAGCACAGCUUGCACAUUUUGAGAAGAAUUCUUAAGGAUCGCACUUAUUGUCCAAGGAUUUAAUCGUCAGUGUCGUGAAUACUUUUGAGCUUUAGAUCUGCGGUGCUCUAACUGAAGAAGACAAAACUUACUAUUGUUAUUUUUUACCUUUCUUGCGUUACUUUUAAGUGUGCGCGCAAAAGGAGAAAACGCGCGGAGCGCACAAUUGGGAAGCAGUUUUUGCAGGACUUGUCUUGGUUUUGCUGGUUGUUGCUCGUCAAAAUUAAACCUUAAGAUGUUGUCCAAGCGUCCCUGAGAUGCUCAUAAACCUGCCUGUGCAUUAACUGCCACCUGGAAACUCCGCUCGCGAGCUUCAUUUGAUCCUAUUCUCUCUCAUCAUUUGGACUGCUUUUUGCCAGCAGAAAUGAUCAUGCGAUGAAUAAGCUCGAUUUGGGCAUUUUCUCAGAAGCUAUUACAGGGGGUGAAUGAUGGCUGAAGAUGGAGGAAAUAUCUCCGAGGACCAUCAGUUGAAGGAAGCAGAGGGAAGCUCUCUUCCAAGGACUUUUAUACGACUUAACGACCUGUCCGGUGGCGGGGAGCGCGGCGAGCUGGAGUCUGAUGGAGACGAGAGGCGGGAGAGCGCAGCCGGAGCAGCGGCGGAGGAGGCGGCGUCCGCUGGCGACGGGGAAGUCUUGCCCUAUCCCACUUUGGCACCGGUUGUGUUUUUCUACCUGAAGCAAACGACGCGCCCGAGGAGUUGGUGUCUGAAAAUGGUUUGCAAUCCAUGGUUCGAAAGGGCCAGCAUGUUGGUUAUCCUGCUGAACUGUGUUACUUUGGGAAUGUUCCACCCUUGUGAGGACAGCCUCUGUGACUCAGAGCGAUGCAAGAUCCUGGAGGACUUUGAUGACUUUAUCUUUGCUUUUUUUGCCGUGGAGAUGAUCAUCAAGAUGAUAGCGCUGGGCAUCUUUGGGAAAAAGUGCUACCUUGGAGAUACCUGGAAUCGGCUGGACUUCUUCAUUGUUUUGGCUGGGAUGCUGGAAUAUUCGCUCAACCUCCAGAAUGUUAGUUUCUCUGCGGUCCGCACAGUCCGAGUACUACGACCUCUUCGGGCCAUCAACCGGGUGCCCAGUAUGAGAAUCCUGGUGACGCUGCUGCUGGAUACUCUCCCCAUGUUGGGCAAUGUGCUGCUGCUUUGCUUCUUUGUUUUCUUUAUCUUCGGGAUUGUGGGUGUCCAGUUAUGGGCCGGGCUCCUUCGUAACCGCUGCUUUCUUCCUGAAAACUUCUCACUGCCUGCCAGCCUUAACCUGCACAACUACUACCAUACAGAAAACGAUGAUGAAAACCCGUUCAUCUGUUCACAACCGCGGGAGAACGGCAUGCGGCUGUGCAGCUCUCUCCCUACGCUCCACGAGGAGGGCCUGCAGUGCCAGCUGGACAUGGCAUCUUACAAUAACACAGACAACACCACCUGUGUCAACUGGAACCAGUAUUAUACCAACUGCUCCGCUGGAGAGGCCAAUCCCUUCAAGGGAGCCAUAAACUUUGACAACAUUGGUUACGCCUGGAUCGCCAUCUUUCAGGUCAUUACUCUGGAAGGAUGGGUGGACAUCAUGUACUUUGUUAUGGACGCUCACUCCUUCUACAAUUUCAUCUAUUUCAUCCUCUUGAUCAUAGUGGGGUCAUUCUUCAUGAUCAACCUUUGUCUUGUUGUCAUAGCGACACAGUUCUCAGAGACCAAGCAACGAGAGAGCCAGCUCAUGAAAGAGCAGAGAGUGCGCUUCAGGUCCAACGCCAGCACGCUGAACAGCUUCUCUGAGCCGGGAAGCUGUUACGACGAGCUCCUUAAAUAUCUGGUCCACGUCAUUCGCAAGGGCACCAGGCAGGUCGGGCACCUCAUCCGGGCUGCUGGUCGUCGGGCGGGAUUAAGGGUCUGUGCUUCUCCUCUGACGGAACCACAGCCCAGUAAAAGGCGCCGUCACAAACAGAGGCAGGGAUCCAUCCGGCAUCACGUGCACCAUCAUCACCACCACUACCAUUUGGGCAACGGGAGCAUCCGGGCUGACGGAGGUCGAGAGGUAGCCUCAGGCUCCCAGAGUGCUGUUGUUAACGCCGGGCGUCUUAUGCUACCCAUCAUCAUUCCUCAGCAGGACCCCUGUUCUCCGUCCCUGAUGUCUCUGGGACCUGGUGGAUCUGUGCAUAGCGUCUUUCACACAUCGGGCACCCUUGAGCCGCUGCGCUGUGGCCCCUCGCCGACUCCAACAGUGCUCCAUGCCUACAAGAGGAACUCUGUCCCAUUCGCUGCUCCAGUACAUAAAAACUAUCCCACGUUACAGCCCUCCUUAGUAUUAGAGCAGCUCAGACAGAGAAUUCUGGACCCAGGAGGGGGCAGUUGCACAGCUAGUGUUUUUGCCAAUCUUAACAUCCCUCCAACUCCCAUAAACGCCUCACAGUGUCUUGUGGAGACACAGGGUCCUGUUGGCAAGAUCACCUGCAAGGACGCAUCCAUGAACUGUAGUGGCACAAACCUGGACACCGCUUUGACCUUUGACCCCGAAACUUGUCCAUAUUGCAUCAAAUCAAUGAGCAAUGACUCAGAAGGAAUGGACGCGAACGAGACUGCGGACUCUGACAGCGAGGGUGUGUAUGAGUUUACCCAGGAUGCCCAUUAUCGGGACAGCAGGGAUCCCAACAGAAAGAGGUUUGCAUUAGGAGCUCGGGCAGCAAAGGUCGUGCAUUUCUGGAGGCUGGUGUGUGACACUUUUCGUAAGAUUGUGGACAGCAAGUAUUUUGGACGAGGAAUAAUGAUCGCCAUUCUUAUAAACACACUCAGCAUGGGCAUCGAGUACCAUGAACAGCCUGACGAGUUGACGAAUGCUCUAGAGAUCAGUAACAUCGUCUUUACCAGCCUGUUUGCUCUGGAAAUGCUCCUGAAACUGCUUGUCUAUGGUCCUUUCGGCUACAUCAAGAACCCCUACAACAUCUUUGAUGGCAUUAUUGUAGUAAUCAGCGUCUGGGAGAUUGUUGGUCAGCAAGGAGGAGGUUUAUCCGUGUUGAGGACCUUCAGGCUGAUGCGGGUGUUGAAGCUGGUACGCUUCAUGCCCGCCCUACAGCGGCAGCUGGUUGUUCUGAUGAAGACCAUGGACAACGUUGCCACCUUCUGCAUGUUGCUCAUGCUCUUCAUAUUUAUUUUCAGUAUUUUAGGCAUGCACUUGUUUGGAUGUAAAUUUGGCUCGGAACGAGAUGGUGAUACGCUUCCAGACCGCAAGAACUUUGAUUCUUUAUUGUGGGCCAUUGUGACGGUUUUUCAGAUCUUGACUCAGGAGGACUGGAAUAAAGUGCUGUAUAAUGGAAUGGCCUCCACAUCACCCGUGGCUGCUCUGUAUUUCAUCGCCCUCAUGACGUUUGGAAACUACGUCCUGUUCAACCUGUUGGUGGCUAUCUUAGUGGAGGGAUUUCAGACGGAGGAAAUAACCAAGAGGGAGGACUUGCAUGGCCAGCUGAGCUGUAUUCAGCUGCCAAUAGACUCAGGGGGUGAUGCCUCAAAGUCUGACUCUGAAGUCGAUUUCUAUGCACGUAGCUUGGAGGACGUUUCUGGGCAUAAGAAGGAUCUGUCUGCCUGCUCCGUUGUGCCCAUCAACGGGCAUGUGGACUUUAAAACCAGCCUGACCCCUCCUCUCAUUACUCACACUGCUGCCACGCCAAUGCCUGUCCCCAAAAUAUCAGGAGGAGACCCAGCCCUGGCAUUCGAAUCCCGCAGGGGCAGCAAUGUCUCUGUGGAACCUAAUGGCCAAGAUAAGUCUCCAUCGAGUGCACGAAGCUCCCCAAAUGCCCCGUGGAGUUCAGCCAGUAGCUGGAACAGCAGGCGUUCCAGCUGGAACAGCUUGGGCCGAGCCCCCAGCCUCAAGAGACAAAAACGACAGUCUGGUGAGCGGCGCUCCUUGCUGUCCGGUGAGGGCCAAUCCAGCUCGGAUGAGGGCGAGAGCGGAGGUGGAGGGGGAAUAUCCGAGGGCGACGAUGCCUCCCUCGCAAGGACAGACUCCCUGGGCCAGAGGCCCCGGCACAGGCGCAUGGAGUCCCUGGAGACCCGAAGCUCCUUUGAUCUGCCUCCAGAUACCCUGCAGGUGCCAUAUGUACAUCGUUCUGCCAGUAUACACAGCGCCCGGCCACCCAACUUUCUCGGCAAUGGCAAGAGUUCCCCGUCGGCCACUGCGCAGCUCUCUCUGGAUGAGCACCACAGUGAGGAUGACAAUGGGGAUGAUGAAGGAAACCUGAGUCGCAGAGCUCGCCUUUACCGUUGGUUGGAGCAUAAACAGCCGGAAUGGUGUCGGCAACGGGCCACCUGGUCACUUUACCUGUUCCCGCCGGAGUCACGGUUUCGUAUGACAUGCAAUAAGAUCAUCACUCACAAGAUGUUUGACCAUGUGGUUCUGGUCAUCAUCUUUCUCAACUGCAUCACCAUCGCCAUGGAGAGGCCCAGAAUCGACCCCUCCAGUGCUGAACGCAUCUUCCUGACGUUGUCCAACUACAUCUUUACCGCCAUCUUCGUGACCGAAAUGACAAUAAAGGUGGUUGCCUUGGGCUGGUGUUUCGGAAACAAGACGUACCUGAAAAGCAGCUGGAACAUUCUGGAUGGCAUGUUGGUGAUGAUCUCAGUCAUUGACAUCCUGGUUUCCCUGAUCUCCAACAGCGGCACUAAGAUCCUGGGCAUGCUGCGUGUGCUACGGUUACUGAGAACCCUACGACCACUCAGGGUCAUCAGCAGAGCUCCUGGAUUAAAGCUGGUAGUUGAGACACUGAUGUCAUCACUUAAACCUAUCGGAAACAUUGUGGUCAUCUGCUGUGCUUUCUUCAUUAUUUUUGGCAUCUUGGGAGUUCAGCUCUUCAAAGGAAAGUUCUUUGUGUGUCAGGGGGAGGAUACACGAAACAUCACCAACAAAUCAGAUUGCCACCUGGCUAACUAUAAAUGGGUCAGGCACAAGUACAACUUUGAUAACCUUGGGCAGGCUUUGAUGUCCCUUUUUGUUCUGGCUUCUAAAGACGGGUGGGUGGAUAUAAUGUAUGAUGGGCUGGAUGCCGUCGGUGUUGAUCAACAGCCUGUCAUGAACUUCAACCCAUGGAUGCUUCUCUAUUUCAUCUCCUUCUUGCUGAUCGUGGCUUUCUUUGUGCUAAACAUGUUUGUCGGCGUGGUAGUCGAGAACUUUCACAAAUGUCGACGGCACCAAGAAGAGGAGGAAGCCAAACGGCGAGAGGAAAAGCGCCUUAAACGCAUGGAGAAAAAAAGAAGGAAUUUAAUGACCGGUGUCAGCUGGUCCAGCCCUGAACUCACAGUGAAAGAAGCCCAGAGUAAACCCUAUUACUCCGAUUACUCACCCACACGACUUCUCAUCCACAAGAUAUGCACCAGCCACUAUCUGGACCUCUUCAUCACGAUUGUCAUCGGGCUGAAUGUCAUCACCAUGUCCAUGGAGCACUACCAGCAGCCCAAGGUUUUGGAUGAGGCUUUGAAAAUCUGUAACUACAUUUUCACCGUCAUAUUCGUGCUGGAGUCCGUCUUCAAGCUUGUUGCCUUUGGGUUUCGCCGGUUCUUCAAGGACAGGUGGAACCAGUUGGAUCUCGCCAUUGUGCUGUUGUCUAUAAUGGGCAUAACUCUGGAGGAAAUUGAGGUCAAUGCAUCUCUUCCGAUCAACCCCACUAUUAUUCGCAUAAUGAGGGUGCUGCGGAUCGCUCGUGUAUUGAAGUUGUUAAAGAUGGCCGUGGGAAUGCGAGCCCUUCUUGACACUGUGAUCCAGGCCCUUCCUCAGGUGGGGAAUCUGGGUCUUCUCUUCAUGUUGCUCUUCUUCAUCUUUGCAGCACUGGGAGUAGAACUGUUUGGUGAUCUGAUAUGUGAUGAGCUGCAUCCAUGUGAAGGUCUCGGCCGUUACGCCACUUUCAAGAACUUUGGCAUGGCUUUCCUCCUGUUGUUCCGUGUAUCCACAGGGGACAACUGGAAUGGCAUAAUGAAGGACACAUUGAGAGACUGUUCCGAGGACAAAGGCAUCUGCUACAACACGGUCGUGUCACCCAUUUACUUUGUGUCAUUUGUACUGACGGCCCAGUUCGUGCUGGUCAAUGUGGUCAUCGCCGUGCUCAUGAAGCACUUGGAAGAAAGCAACAAAGAGGCCAAGGAGGAGGCCGAGUUGGAAGCCGAGAUGGAGCUGGAGGCUGUGGAUGCUGGGAUGUCCCGGGGACAUAUCUCACCUCUGGGGCCUGGGGACAUGGGUGGUCCUGGAGGGUCACCUUGGAUCUCCAGGGACUCACAGGAACUGUCAGGACCCGUUUAUCCUACGGAUAGCCCACCAGAUAUACGCAGAGACUCAGAAAAUCACAUUAAGGCAGAUCCGGAUCCUCCACUUAAUUCGGAACCACCAUUAGAGCGGAGGCCAAUGUUUGACUCAGUUUCCAUGGUGAUCCAGGGCUCACUGGAAGGAGAGCUCAGCCUCAUGGACAACCUGUCUGGCUCCGUCUGUCACUACUACGCUCUGCCUCCCCUUCCCAGCAAGCACUGCACUGAGAAACAGAUUCCUCUAGCCGAGGUGGAGGCUCUGUCUCUGACGUCGGAAAAAUCCUGGUCCUUAGCUCUGACGGAUGACUCUGUCCCAGACGAUAUUAACCCCCUCUUACUAACCAGUCAGGAGUGCAAUACCACAGAUCCAACAGAUCCCUCGGACCUCAACGAAUCAGACGAGCCAACGCAUGAGCACCUGCUGUACGUCAAGAAGACCUCAGUGGGCCGCACACACUCUUUGCCCAAUGACAGCUAUAUGUUCCUGCCACUGCAGCCCAAUUCAACCCACACAACCUCACCUCACUUAGCUCAAACAGGGUCUACUAGCUCGAUCCAAUCUCAAACAGAAGAGCCCACCCAGCAUCUGACUGUGCCCACCGAUCUGUUUCGACCGAUAAGUCCUCAUAGCCUCUCAGACUCGGAGAGCAUCCCGCGAAUUCCUCCACCUCGUCGGGCACACACUCUCUCACGCACCUUACGCAGACAGGUGGCAGUGAGUGCUGACUCUCAGGAGACUUUGUGCACAGAGGGAGCGGACAGUGAGGGUCCUUCAUGUUCCCUUGUGAAGUUUCCACCUCAACUGCAGCCCUCACUCUUUCUGGUCCCCGCCACACCAGGAGCCUCUCCGAAACCGUCGAGACCUAGCGUCCACACGCAGCACAACCCCUACGACCAGUACAAUGUCUUCUCCAGACACGCCAAUGCUCCGCCGCCCCCCGCCAGGCAGGAGGAAAUGGACUCGGUGGACCACGAGGUAUCGCGCAUUAUCAGGGCGGGGCUCGUUGGGAGGAGUGACGAUGGAGGCGUAGGAGAUCAAGGUGCGAGUAGGCGUCAGCUUAAGAAGUACCACAGCGUGGACACUCAGGCGCAACGGGCGCUGCUGCUACCGCGGCCCUCGUCAUGGCUAGACGACCCACGGCGACACUCUAUCGAGGUGUGCUCGUCCGUGGAGAGCAGUCCUCAGCGCAGUUCCAUCUCCUCCGGUUUUGUCUCGCGAGCAGACAGUCUGCAGCAACAGUCCUCGCCCCGCACACGCAAGAAAAAAAUGAGCCCCCCGUGCAUCUCCGUGGAUCCUCCUGAGGGACUGGACCAUCCAACUUUGGGGAUAUUGCCUCCCCCACUCCCAAGCCGGGACACUUGCCUGAGGAGGCGUGCUCCGUCCAGUGAAUCUAAGGACUCUUUUGAUUUGGCUGGAGCAGGGGAUGGUCUUCCUCAAGAUGGUGUUGCGAACUCCAAGCUGUUGACUCUGCCAAGUUUCUCUUUUGAGAAAACAAGCUCUGAGCACUGAACCUUGACUACAUACCCAACACAGACACGCACAUAACACAUGAUGCACUCGGUGUAUCCGUGAUGGUGAUAGUAAUAGUAAUAAUAUCUUAGAGAGUAAUAAUGCAACAAUGUUGAAUACUCCAUGGGGAAUAGUAACUAUACCUUGUAUUUGUUCUCUACUGCCAAAAGAAAAAAGAAAAAGGACUUUGUGACGAGGAUCGUACAAGCUAAUAAUAAGACUCUCUCUCUCCUCAAAGACGCUAGCAGAUCUCUGCUGGCAACCUCAUGACCUCCUUACGGAAGUCAGCGCAGAGCCCGAGGGAGUGUGUUCCCUUUUGGCCGUUGGGAAGACUUCACAGCACUGUAUUGACUGCCGUAUGGGCACUGAUGAAGGUACAAAGCAAUAUGAACGUUUUAGAGACACUAUUUUCUUAAAUUAUUGGGCCAUAGUGUUUGUAAAGGAUGUAGAAUUUUUUCUUUUUCGAUUUCAUUAUAGUUUUAUUUGUGUCUUUACGUGAUGAAAUAUUUCCUUAAAUCGUUUUAUUUUGCGUUAUUUUUUCACCAUAGGAUAUUUUUAGCUUUCUUGGUUUUAACAAAAAAAAGAAAGAAAACUUUUUCAAAGUGCCAGGAUCCAUGUAUUUGUAGGAAUAAUGAUGAUGAUAAUAUUAAUAAUGAUAUAAUAUAUCUCUUUAAAAUAAAGCAUUAAACGGUUUUCUGAUUUUUAAGCACAAGUAUUAGAUUGAUGUGCCCUGUACGAGUCUCAUAAAGCACAUACGUUGGAUGGUAUGUGCCGAAGGGAUUGUAAACUACCUUUAUUGACAGCUUUAUUAUGAAAAGCACUUGCAUUAAUUGACCUUAUGAUCAGAGAAUAAGGUCAUCUGCAAUACACGCACAAGCCGGAAACCAGAUUUAAUUUGUACGAAUUUUAUUAGAAAUCUGCUUCAAAUUCUGAUCAUGUUCCUCUAAGUAGACAAAUAAAUGUCUAUAUUGUGAAUACGCCCUA